UCUCUCUCUCUCUUUCGUAAUUUCAUAUCGCCGACUGUACCCAGCUGAACGCAAAUCACCACAAUCAUCACCAGCAGCAGAAAGAGAAGAGACGAUGUUCAGGGACGUGUCGAGCUGCAACACCUACAACUAUGGCGACGCCCUCUAUUGGGACGCCCGCUACGUCGAAGAAGGAGGCUCCUUCGACUGGUACCAGCGCUACUCUUCUCUCCGCCCUUUUGUCCGAAACUACAUACCAACCUCCUCUCGGGUUCUCAUGGUCGGCUGUGGCAAUGCUGUUAUGUCUGAGGACAUGGUUGCGGAUGGAUAUGAAGACAUAAUGAACGUUGACAUUUCAUCAGUGGCCAUUGACAUGAUGAAAAGAAAAUAUGAGCACAUACCUCAGCUCAAAUACAUGCAAAUGGAUGUUAGGGAUAUGAGUGUCUUCCCAGAUGAAUCAUUUGAAGGUGUCAUUGAUAAAGGAACUCUUGAUUCACUGAUGUGUGGCAAUGAUGCUCCAAUUAGUGCUGCUCAAAUGCUAGGGGAAGUGAGUAGGCUUCUUAAACCUGGAGGGAUCUAUUUGUUGAUAACCUAUGGUGAUCCUACAGUAAGGAUGCCUCAUUUGAUCCGGCCAGUGUACAAUUGGAAAGUUAAUUUGUACAUUAUACCCAGACCAGGAUUCCAAAGGCCUGAAGGUUGUAGUUCAUCAAUAAAGUCAUAUUUGGAACCUAUUCCUAUCACCGAGAAGGGCUUACUUCCAGCUGAGUUUGUUUUGGAAGAUCCAGAUUGUCACUUUAUAUAUGUGUGUAAAAAGGAUGAUAUGGAGCUAAGUAGUGCAACAACUUAUGGAUUGACAGUUGAUCUCUUACAGUAGCUACUUGCAGUGAAGCUCCGAUGAAGGUAUAACGGUCAUCCUUGGGUGUCUGACAGAUAAAGGAUUCUGUUCAAUGUAUCUGCCUGGAUUUUAGGGAUGAAAAUCUAAAAUAAAAAACCCAAUAAAAUAAAAUCCUCCUGAGAAACCAUAGACACAUUAUCCCCAUCUUUGAUUUCUUUUAUUGUAUCAGUAAGUAGCUACCAAAACAAUUACAAAAA